UGCUGCAUUAGGUUUUCCCUCUCAUUCGUUCCCUUCAAACCCUAGCUCAACAUGGUUCCUUGGGAGUCAGCCAUCCUCAGUCCAACCGUAAUUGUCUGGCUCUUUGCAGUGUUAUUGCUAGCUACGUUCUGGUGUCUGAGCAGCCCUGGCAAGCCGUCUCUGCCUCCCGGUCCUCUGGCGCUCCCGUUCAUUGGCAAUUUGCAUUUGAUAGAUUGUACAAGACAAGAUGUGUCAUUUAUGAAGCUUUCAGAAAAACACGGCCCUGUCUUCACAGUCCAUUUCGGUCCACAAAAGACCGUGGUGCUGACCGGCUAUGAGGCCGUGAAAGAGGCACUCCUGAGCAGAGGCAACGAAUUUAUAGACAGGCCAUUGAUCCCAAUAUUUGAUCGGAUCCAACAUGGGAAUGGCAUGUUCUUCUCCGUUGGGGAAUUAUGGAAAACCACCCGUCGGUACAGUUUGUCGAGCAUCCGAGACCUUGGGAUGGGCACGAAACGGAUGGAGGAAAGGAUUCUCGAGGAGCUGCACUUCCUUAGUGGGAAGAUCAACUCCUUUAAAGGUGAAAGUUUUCCAUUGCGUGAAUUUUCCUGUGCGCCAACGAACAUCACCUUUGCCAUAUUGUUUGGAGACAGGUUUGACUACGCCGACCCAACUUUCAUCACUUUCUUAAAUCUCGUUCACGAUGUGAUGACCCUUCUGGGAGCUCCGUUCUUGCACUUAUUUAAUGUCUACCCAUUCCUUGGAUUCCUUUUCAAACCCCACAAGAUGAUCUUGAAAAAAAUUGACGAAGCCUGUGCCGUUCUGAAGAAACACAUCCAGACCAGCAAGCAAAGUAUCAAUGAGAACCACUUAUUGAACUACAUUGACGUGAUGCUUUUCAAGCAACAAGAAGAAGAAAGAAUCAAAGCCAAGAACAUCUUCCAUGAUGCCAAUGUGCUGGCAUCAGUUCUGGAUCUUGUCAUGGCCGGGACAGAGACAACGGCCACAACGCUGCAGUGGGCCAUUCUCUUGAUGAUGAAAUAUCCGGAGAUUCAACGAAAGGUACAAGAGGAAAUCAAGAGGGUCCUCGGAGCGGGACGUUUGCCUACUUUUGAAGACAAGAAGCAGAUGCCCUUCGCCAACGCAGUGGUCCACGAGGUGCAGAGGUUUGCCUCCGUCGUGCCCCAGUUGCCACGCUGCACCGCUGUGGAUACGCACUUCCGUGGCUACUUCAUUCCCAAGGGUACGACGGUGAUCCCUUCCCUCACUUCAGUGCUCUAUGACAAAACUCAGUGGGAGACGCCCAACCGAUUUAACCCCAACCAUUUCCUGGACGCUGAGGGGCACUUUGUGAAGAAAGACGCCUUCAUGCCUUUCUCAAUAGGCCGAAGGAAUUGCCUUGGAGAAGGUCUGGCCAAGAUGGAACUCUUCCUGUUUUUUGUCGGAUUGCUCCAGAGGUUUACAUUUCGACCCCCUCCCGGAAUGACAGAAUCAGACCUGGACCUCAACAUCAAUGUGGCUUUCACUCGGCGGCCCCAGCCUUACUCCACCUGUGCAGUGCCCUGUGAAUAGAACCUCUGAUCCGAGCGAGUGGGGUGGGGGAUUCUAUUCGCUUCUUUAUAAUGGUGGAUAUUCAGAGAGUGCUAGCCUAAGGCAAAAGACGCUUUUCUGCGCAAAGAGGAUUCCCAGAGCAGUGCUUCUUCACCACCCCUUUGCCAAGACUUUCUUGCAUUCUUUACAUCUCGCUGUGUUUGAACUCCACCCAGCAGAGGUAACAACCACGCUAUGUCCAUUCUCUGCCCCCAAACCUGGAACCCCAAAUACCGACAUGCUGUCACCUCUCUCUCUCUCUUCCAAACCCUACUCAAACUCUGUUUUUCUGGGAAGCCUUUGACUCCUAGCCUUCCAGAUGCUUUGGAAAUAUCUGGGGACCUUCGUCUGCACUACAUGCCUUUCUUACCUUUGCUUUUGCUUCUCUGCAACGUGCCGUGACCUGCUGAUGGUGCUCCAUAUAAUGGGUGGGAACCCAGAAAGGUUGCGUUACACCACUCAUUUGAGUGUUAGGAGCGUAGGAAGUGGACUUAUAUCAGGUCAGACAUAAAGCCCAACAUUGCCUACUCUUGAAAAGCGGGAGUCUCAGGGCCGGUGCCAGACUAUUUUGCGCCCUAGGCAAGGUGGGCUACUUUCACGCCCACCCCCACCCCCACCCCCGUCCAAAAAUGCCAACUUUGAUUUUUAAGAAUAGAUGUUUCCUGGAAAAAAUAAGCACAAAACUUGAAACGGCAAAAUUUAUUUUAAAGUGUCAGAAAUACGUCAUGCCAAUUAUAGCAAACAAAUUGGAAAGGAAUGUCUAUGGGUCUAAAAUGCAUUGUUUAAUAGGAAUAUCACCUCCAAAUCACCCCCCCAACUCACACAUGUGCGCACAUGCACACACUCAGCGUCACUCACUCCAAACAAACACACGCGUGAACACAUGCAUUCACUCAAAGACCCCAUGCACCCCAUGCACCCAUACAUUCUCUCUCUCUCUCUCUCUCUCUCUCUUCCGGGCGCGUUCUGGAAGUCCGAAUGUGGAGCCACCCCACCCCCACCCCAGCGUCCCUGGCUUCGCUUCGGCUGGGCGGGUCGCCAUCUCACCCGCCCAGGCCCAGCUGAAUCCUCGGGCCGGCCCAACUCAUAGCCAACACGCGUGAGUGCAGCGCUGUGCCCGGCGCCCCUCUUAGCUUGGCGCUCUAGGUGGCCGCCUGAGUGGCGUCUAUGGUAGCACCAGCCCUGGGUAGUCUUGCCUCACUUGCUUUGAGAACCUAAGAAGAUUUGAGAAGAGAAGAGAAGAAAAGAGGAGAAUCCCUGCUGUGUUUCUUAGCCAAAGCUCCCUGCAACAGAAAAAUCCCCGGCUCUCUCCCAAGCUUGGGAAAGCGGCAGCUUCUUCUCACAGCAGUUCAGAGCCAGGAAGGAGCAGCAGAAGAAACUCCGGCUUCUUCUUCCUUUCUUCACAGACAGCGUCUGUCGGAGGUUGCCGCUUGGAGUCUUUGCCCGAGGGCCAGGGGCCCUUGCUGCUGGCUGCGUCCCUCAAACGAAGGGUGUUCUUCCUCUUGCACAACCUCUCACACACAUGCCUGUGCAGGAGAGAUGCUGUGGAAGGUCCUUGUGAGCUUAGCCAAGCAUUUGUGGGUCAAGGCUCUCUUUCAUCUUCUUACACUUCUCUGGUUCCAACCCUUGUUUGUUUUAUGUUACUCCAUUAUUUGGUCAAGGGUGGCAAAGAGGUGAGGCAGAUACCCCUGACUUUACCAACGAUCUUGACUCCUAAUUCCAGUUCACGUCCAUCUCACGAUUCAUCCAUGGAUGGAUAAAACAAGGGUGGACAAACCUCUGUGGCCCUCUGAAUGUCGUUGGACUACAGCUCCCAUCUUCCCUGACCAUGCUGGAUGCAUCUGAUGAGGCUUGGGAGUCUGACCACAUCUGAGGUUGAUCAUUAUUUAUUACAUUUCUAUCCCGCCCCAUAGCCGAAGCUCUCUGAGCAGUUUACAUAAGAUUAAAACAACUAAAAACGAUAUACAAAAUUUAAAACCAUAAAAAACACACAGCAUGCACCAAAAAUAUACAUCUAAAAACAACUAUAAGCUGUCAGACAAACCUAAAAACAGUUAAGCUCAUCACAUUCUGCUAAAUGCCUGGGAAAAGAGAAAAGUCUUGACCUGGCGCCGAAAAGAUAGCAAUGUUGGCGCCGGGUGGGCCUCGUCGGGGAGGGGAUUCCAUAAUUGGGGACGGGGGGGGGGGGGCGUACUCAUGGUGCAAACAAAUCCAAGGCCCAAGGGCAUGCAGGGGUCGUUAGCCCAGGUUUAAACGAGCUUCAACCCAGGCAGCGGGGUUUCACGUAUGGCAUGUUCAUUUCUCAAUGCCUGCAUUAUUGAGCAACACCUUGCAUGUGCAACAUGGGCCCCGGCUGAUGAAAUAUCACAAGGAGGACUUGCUGUGCUCUCUGAAGCAAUACUCAGCCUAUUCUGCAAGCCACAGGGCAGGAGGUUUGACCAGGUAAACAGGCCAUGUAGUCUAGUCAAAGUGCUGGUUAUGACCUAUAAAGCCCUAUAUGGCUCAGGUCCAGGUUAUCUGAAAGGCCGUAUUCUCCCUUAUGAGCCUGCCCGUGCUUUGAGACCUUCUGGAGAAGCCCUUCAAAGAAUCAUAGAAUCAUAGAAUAGCAGAGUUGGAAGGGGCCUACAAGGCCAUCGAGUCCAACCCACCAUCUUCACAGGCGCACCUGGUGGGAACAUGGGAGAGGGCCUUCUCGGUGGCUGCUCCGGUGCUCUGGAACUCUCUUCCCGGGGAAGCUAGGCUGGCUCCCUCCUUGAUGGGCUUUCGGAAGCAGGCAAAAACUUGUUUGUUCCAGCAGGCCUUUGGAGAAUAAUCCGGCCCUCCAUCUAUGGUAAUGUCUUAUAAUUUUGUUGUGUAUUUUAAACGUUUAUGAUUUUUUGUUUUUCCCCAAUUUAUGUUUUAACUUUGUAAGGCCGCCUUGCAGCCCAGCAUUGGGCAAAAGGCGUGAUACUACUACUACUACUACUACUACUACUAAUAAUAAUAAUAAUAAUAAUAAUAAUAAUAGUCUGUACAUCUCAGAUGUGGGGGGAAAGAGAAGUAUAACUCAGCAAAUCUAAUAAGCAAACCUUUUAUGAUAUCUUCUGAAAGCUACACGUAAAGACCUAACUAUUACUAUACUUCUUUCAAAAAAACUAAAUCAUUACUAUUAUUACUAUUAUUCAUUUAGGGGAAAGAGGGAGAUAUACUAUAAUAUAUUAUAAUGUUUGUGAUAAUGUUUUUAUCUUUAAUAAAAACAUUAUUUAAAAAAAAUACUAUUCUGCUAAUAUAUUUGCACACUAGCAUAUUUGCACAGUAGCACAAACACCUUCCAAGCUGUUUCUAUGCAUGCAUGUGAAAGCCAUGCACAGUUUAUCCUGCAAGAGCUGACAUCAACACUUUGAUUAAAAAAAAGGCAAUACAUUGUUUGGGAGAAGGAAGCGGGGUGGGUGGAGGCAUUUUCUGGCUAAGGUAAUGCCAGAGGGCCUUUAUUUUAAGGCCAUAUGAUCAAGCAACCUUGCACUUCACUAUACAAACAUUGUAUUGGUGUUGAAUGUAACUCCUAAAACGUAAUGCAAAGAAGAUUAUAAAACGUAUUAUUUUGCUUCCAUAAAA